GAUUGCGAAGACUUGAUAUUCAAAAAUGUCUGUUCGCCGAAGAUGAGUCUUUAACAUUUAAGAAAGCAGUGGAAAAAGCACUGUCUCUUGAAAUGGCUACACGAAGUGCCUCGGAAUGCCACGAAGCUGAUACGCCCCCGCCCCUACACAAAGUUGAUAAGGUCGACAAAGAAAAGAAGUCUUCCUGUUAUCGAUGCGGUGCGAACAAUCACUCCAGUGAAUCAUGCAACUUCCGGAAUUCUGUCUGCCACAACUGCAAAAAGAGAGGGCAUAUUCGACGAGUGUGCCGAUCGCGAACAAAGUUAAAACCGCUAUCUGGACGACAGAAUCUUCGCAACUUGAGGGAAGAUGACAACUUUGACUUGAAUAAUGCGGUCCUACGGAUGGAAACACGCAGCAACGACCCCAUGUGCGCAACGGUUGUGAUCGAGAAUGUUCCUGUUAAGAUGGAAAUUGACACUGGUGCCGCUGUUUCCGUUAUGUCUUUCCAGCAGUACCAGAAGUGCUUCCCGGACCUUAAGUUGACACCCACUGCACUGAAGUUGCGGACAUACACCGGGGAAGCGAUUACACCUCGUGGGUGCGUCAUGGUUGACGUGAAGUACAACGGAAAUCAACGAAGCCUUCCACUUCACAUCUUGCGUGAGCCUGGUGUACCUCUCCUAGGACGUGACUGGGUGCGAGAACUGUGCCUGGACUGGACACAACUGAACGCAAUGUCACCCGACAUCAAGUCCACCACGGAGCAAUUGUUCAAAAAGUACAGCCGACUCUUCGAAGACGGGUUGGGAAGAAUUAAAGGACGGCACUUACGGUACACCAAGGGUGCAUCUUGUGGGGCAUGAGAAUCCUGGUUCCAGCGGAGCUGCGUAGUAGAGUGCUUGAAGAGCUACACUCUGGACACCCAGGAAUCGUUCGGAUGAAGGAGAUCGCCAGAGGUUAUACCUGGUGGCCAGGUAUCGACUUCGACUUGGAGCGCAUGGUGAAAGAGUGUGACGACUGCCAGGACCAGCGUCCCUUACCAGCGAAAGCUCCGCUGCAUCCGUGGUCGUGGCCGUCGGAACCUUGGGAACGCGUCCACCUGGACUAUGCCGGACCGUUCCAGAACAAGAUUUUUUUGGUGGCAGUUGACGCCCAUUCUAAAUGGCCGGAGGUGUUUGUACUUGGAUCAACGAGUGCUGAAAUGACAGUUCAGUGUGUGCGUGAACUAUUUGCUCGUUGGGGAAUUGCGAGAACAAUUGUAACGGACAAUGGGCCACAAUUUUGUUCAGAAUCUUUCCAGGUGUUCCUAAAGCAGAAUGGUGUCCGGCAUGUGACAUCAGCACCUUACCACCCGUCAACAAAUGGGUUGGCAGAACGGUUUGUGAGGACCUUGAAAGAGUGUUUAAGAAAGGAUCGUAGCCAGUCGCUGGAGGUGAGGCUAGCCAACCUACUUUUAUCUUAUAGGAACACUCCUCAUGCUACAACUUCUCAAUCACCUGCAUCUUUAAUGCUUGGAAGGACGUUAAAAACGAGACUAGAUCUGAUUAGGCCUUCUCUUAAAUCUGUCGUAACUCAGAAGCAACAAACGCAAAUUUUACAGCGAAACCAUCAAGAACGGAUGUUUCAGGUUGGUGAUUCGGUACGAGUAAGGAAUUACCGGAGUGGGAAGAAAUGGGUUCAUGGCUUUAUUAUCAGUAGAACUGGGCCUGUGUCAUACAAAGUGAAAGUGAUCACACAGCAUGGGACUUUGGUGUGGAGAAGACACGUUGACCAGAUUGUCGCGGCUCAAGCUCGAACAGAAUCUUCGACAGAUCUACAUGAACAAGAAUCGUCGGAUCUCAUGCCUGCAAUCUCCACUGGCCCAUGUUCCGAGACACCGGUGACCGAGAAGCCGCCAACUCCAGUACAAGCAAGAAGAUAUCCACUUCGUGAGCGUCGACCCCCUCAACGUUAUGAAUCCACAUGAACUGGGUUGUUCUAGUAUUUAAGUGUGCAUGAAAGUUCGCAUGCGGGUUUUUGAAAUAUUGUAUACAUUAUUCGCGCAAAGUUAUUUUUUUCUUAGGGUGGUGGUAGUGUGAUAUCUUAUCGCUUUGUACGCGGCCUUGUUGAUAACUGUUCGCGCCUUCAUGGUUUGGCGAUAAAAGGCAGCUGCGGGUUUGUUUUCGUGCAGUCUGCAGCCGGGUGUGUUAGGAGCAGGUUCUGCUCGUGUCGUACUUGAAAUAAACAAGUUCGUUCCACAUUCGGUGUACGUUGU